GUUUUAACAGAACAGUCUGAUCCUGCUAAGGAAUGCUAUGCGGCUUGCUAAUAAACAUGUUGUUGUUUUGUGAUGUCUCCCAACGUGCAGAACUUUUUACACAACAUACCAAAAGAUUUUAGAGAAAUAAAACACUGUUUCAGCAACAAAGAAGCAUUGUACCGUAUGCACCGUUCGGUUCAGACUGCGGUGUAUUUUUGUAGAAUGUCAAAUACGCAAUAUCUUGGCACAUAUGGUUUGAAUUAGUGAACACAGGAGAGGUUUUUAAAAAGUGUGAUGUUUUCUUUCAAAUUCUUAACUGCGAAAGAACUGACUUUUCAUAAUAUUUGGGAGGACUGAAGCAUCUGGUUAACUGGAUACUUGCUGAAGAUACAAAGGGAGUUUUCUGUUUUCAAUCUCUGGUUAUAAGGUGGAACUACUGCAGAUCAAAGAAGCUUGCAACACAGACAUACACUUUUCCAACAUGAAUCGUGCUUUUAGCUGGAAAAAAGAUAAAACGUGGAUGCAUACUCCCGAAGCUUUGGCAAAACUCUAUAUAUCCUACAAUGCAAAGUUUCUUGGAAAUGUAGAAGUUGACCAACCAAAAGGUACAGAAAUCGUGAGGGAUGCUGUUCGAAAAUUAAAGUUUGCAAGACAUAUAAAGAAAUCUGAAGGACAGAAAACGCCUAAAGUGGAAUUACAAAUCUCGAUCUAUGGUGUGAAAAUUCUAGAUCCCAAAACGAAAGAAGUGCAGCACAAUUGCCAGUUGCAUCGGAUAUCAUUCUGUGCAGAUGAUAAGACGGACAAGAGAAUAUUCACAUUUAUUUGCAAAGAUGCAGAAUCUAAUAAACAUCUAUGUUUUGUAUUCGACAGUGAAAAAUGUGCUGAAGAGAUUACUCUAACGAUUGGCCAAGCAUUUGACUUGGCUUACAAGAAGUUUCUGGAAUCUGGAGGAAAAGAUGUGGAAACAAGAAAACAAAUAGGAAGCCUUCAGAAAAGAAUUCAAGAAUUGGAAACUGAAAAUACAGAGCUAAAAAAGCAAGUGCAAGAUAUGCAGGAACAAUUAAUGCUCACUCAAGUAUGCCCGUUGCUGCAUAUACAUUCUGCUAACCAACAACAUGUGCUUGAAAGACCUUCGUCUCUCUUCUGGUGUCAUAAUAUGAUGUCCGCUUCUUAUUUAGAAAAUUCCAUUACACUUACUCCAAUGAGCUCUCCUGAAUCCAACUUAUCCACUGGGCUACUAACUCCACCUCCCUCUAAAAGCACUCUACUAAAAGCUGUCAAUGGAUACAGUAUUCCGAGGCCUCGUGCAGGCAGCGUGACCAUUCAGUCUCCAUCUACAGACAUCUUUGACAUGGUUCCAUUUUCACCAGCCUCGCCUGUAUCACCAGUACCAGCGAGUAAUGGUACGCAGCCACCUGCUCUCCCUAGAAGAUCUAAUGAAACCAAAAAAGAUCUUUUUGGCGCUGAACCGUUUGACCCCUUUAUCUGUGGGGAAGCAGACUUUCCACCAGACAUCCAGUCCAAGCUGGAUGAAAUGCAGGAGGGGUUCAAAAUGGGACUAACACUAGAAGGCACUGUGUUUUCUCUUGACCCCCUAGACAGUCGCUGCUGAUGCCAAGUAGACAUUUUUGUUAUAUUCAUCUUUCAAAAUGUUUUAUUUUUUUGUAAGUGCCAAAUUUGAUCUAGAGUUUAGAUGCAAGGAUGUGCAUCUUUAAAUAAAAUAAUCUGUGUCAAACACUACACCUUCAAAUGUGUACUGUAACAGUAUCUCACAAAAUGUUUUAUUGUAAUCACUGCUUUCAAGGAUUGAGCAAGCUGUACAUUUGUUGCUCACAGUAUAGGUCAUCUCUGUAAUUAAUUUAAUAGGGAGGAUAUGCUGGUUUCUUACUCAGACUGUACAGUCAUUGUGAGUAUUGUUCCACCAUAAACAGGACUAGUCUGACCAAACUCCGCUUUAAUUAUGUAUAGUACAUGCCUUAUGAUAACAAAAGGAACUUGGCAGUCAACAGGUUACUUUACUUACUUUACCUGUACUAUCUUUCUGUUGCCAUAUGUUCAGCUUGCUCCUAAUCAUCAUAUUUACAAAACCUUAAGGAUUUUUUUUUUUAAGGAAUGUUUUUUUUUUGG